UAUGUGGUGUUAUCAUUUACGGUACAGCUGCAGAUAAGACUUUUGUCGAGUGUAUGCACUUUAUUCUUUCCUACUUCGUCGUUUGAUUUGGAAUACAUUACGAUCCACUUGACACAUCAAGCCUCGGAGACUUAUAUCGUUAUUAUGGCAGCUCAGGUACACGAAUUCACCGUCGAAAUGACGUGCGAAGGAUGCUCGACUGCUGUGCAAAACGUACUCAGGAAAAAAGCAGGUAUCGAUGACAUCAAGAUAGAUUUACCAGCAAAAAAGGUAUUUGUGACCACUGCGCUUGGAUCAGAUGAGAUUUUACAAACAAUCAAGAAAACAGGAAAGACUUGUCAGUUCUUAGGGACCCACUAAGGAAAAUAAGUAAUUUACGUGAUUGUAACAGGUGCUGCUAAAAAUAUGUAUGACAUACAUUAUAAGAGAGAUAUUUUUUACAUUGUACCUUUUUUAUAAAAAAUAAGAAAAAUCACAUUAAUUGUUCGUGUGUGUAUAUAUACAUAUACAUAAAAAGUACAAAAAUAUAGUACAUUUAAGAACAUAUUAGAGAUCAUGUAAUUAAUGUCUUCUAUUAUCCAAAGCGGCUUACAUAUUAAAAUUUCUUGAGUUUAUCAAUAUUUAACAUGAGAUGUUACUUUUUCAUUUAUAAUACAAAGCAUUGAAAAACUAAUUAUCAGCAAAUUUGUAAUGUUUACAAAUUUCUCUGUAACCUGUAUUAUAAAAUUAUCCCUCAAUAGAAAAAGGUCUAUAUACAAUCAAA